AAGUCAGCAUCCAUCCCAAAGUAAAUGCUGUGAUGUUUGGGGCUUCUUUGAAUCUGACAUGCACAGUUUCAUGUAGCAACUAUUCUGAACUGAGAUGGGAAGUAGCUCUUCCAUUCGUGCUCAAGAAGGGAGAUGGUUGGAUUAAUCUGUACAUAACCAGAGUGACUGAAUGGUCACUUCCACUGUCAUGCUUAGUUAACUAUGGAGACUUUAAUCAAACCUACACCAAGAAAGUAAUUUAUGUUUACGAAUUCUCUACUCCAGUAAUAUAUCCAGUUUCUGAAGUUCUGAACGAUCAUUUGGAAAAAAUUGUGUGCAACGUCUCUAGCUUGAAGGUGAGGGGCUCCAUCCCAUCUCACAGCAACAUUUCCCUGAGCAGAGAUGGCAAUACCCUGAACAGUAGCCACGGAAAACCAUCUGUGGAGUACAAUUUUGUGCCUAAUUUAGAGCAGGAUGAUGGGGCUGAGAUCCUCUGUGAGGCCAACCUCCUGUUGGGUGCACAAGUGCUGAGAAAAAAUGCAAAUCAAACUUUGAAGGUUGUGGCUAGCCCUUAUAAUGUCAGCAUAUCAGCUACUCAUGUGACUUACAAAGUGGAUUCAAAAAUUGUGGUGACUUGUAAUGCUAAAGCAAAACCCCAUCCAGAAUAUUCCUGGGAUCUUCCCUCCAAAGUUAAUGUGGAAUUUUCAAAUAACAAUAAGAUAGUAACGGUUCAUUCAGCGAAGGAGUUUCAUAAUGGGACUUACCGUUGCCUAAUACAUAAUGUUUAUGGCAAGAAUUCAGCACAGAUUGACAUUGUCUUUGAAGUUAUUGAUCAUUAUAUUAGCCCUGUUGAAUAUUUGUAUCCGGAUGCUAAAGCGUGA